UAGGUUCUCGACAAUUGAAAAUUUAAAAGCGUUUUCAAAUGUCAAUUCAGUAGGUUGAUCCUGGAAUAUAAUUGCAUUCCUUUUGUUUUUGUUAAUAAGGGAUUAUAUAUCUGGAAAUUUUCAUMGGUCAUUAAUGCGAACACCCUAAUUUGAAUGGCAGUGUAAGCUUAAAUGGUCCUGUUACGUAAAGCAUGUUUUCUGUGGUCCUAAAAAGGGUCCACAAUUUCUUAUUCAUAAUCUUCAUUAUAUAAAUUCUUCUUGGGUUUCUCAAUCGACUUAACCAUGGACAGAUCGAAGGCAGAUCUAACUGGUGUAGCGUUUUCUGGCGGUGGAGUCCGUUCAGCAGCCUUCUGUUCUGGUGUUCUACGAAGAUUACUACAAAAGAGAGUCACCAUCGACUAUUUGAGUAGCGUGUCUGGUGGUGGGUUUACAGCCGCUUCAUACAUGGACUGGAAAUACCGUAACGGGAAAAAGGAUGAUCCAGCUUGGCAUAAAGAGUACUUUGAACACUUUCGUAAACAUAUCAAUGCAUUAUGCGAUUMCUAUGUGAAUCCUUUGAAGGGAAUCAUCGAUGGUCUCGUAAUUUUCGCAAUUGUCUUUGGAGUAUCUGUAAUUUUGACUUCUAUAAAUGCUUUUGCGUUUUCCAUCCCUACAGCUUACAUCAUAGACUUCUUCUUUGGAGAGAUUUUACGAACUACAUACGAUUGUUUUGAUAAAGACUCCAAUUCAUCAAACUCAACCAAUUGUAACUCUUUGAUAUCGAACCCCAAAGUUGAUAAAGUCUACGCACUUCUACUGAUUUUAUUUGCAGUAUUUUUAUCCUUUUAUUUCCUGAGCUCUCUAACAUGGCGACGUAAGGCUCAAUAUUUCUUCCAACUAUUUCGUAACCUAUCUGCCUUGAUUUUCUGUUUGGUAUUUGUUCCGUGGGCUAUCGAGACGUACACGCACUCGGUUCCACAAUGGACUCUACUCAUCAACGUCCCGUUCCUUACUAUCGCAGCUGUUAUGCUGAUUACAUUUCCCUCUGCAAGAGAAAAAGUAUUGGCAGUGUUGGUUUUGUAUCUGUACUCCUACAUUGUAAUGUGGAAAGUGUUUCGUGAAACAGUCUGGGGUAURYAAUACACUGCGGAAACUUUCUGGAUCGCUGUAUGGAUAUCUGGAGUCCUUGUUUGGAUCCAUCCAUUUUUAGCUCAGAUUCGUUUGAACGUAUCUCAUCAGUAUUCCAAAUACAGACUUGGAAGGACAUACUUCUCCCCCGAGAGCUCAGCAAGAACAUCUUGUAUUACUUGCAGGGACAUUUUGAGAUGGCUUUGUUGUUUCUCGCCUCCAGAAGAACAUGUUAGCAACAGACCGUUGACGCUAGCUGAUUUAAUGGAUACCCAACCAGAAUACACUUGUAAUGUAACUGUUAACAACUGGAGAAAAACAGGUGCAGAAGGUGAGGUCGACUUUGAAGUUCUUACCAUAUCACCCAAGGCAAUUCAACGCCUAGAUCAUCAAAGCGACGAAAAGGAAUUUGACGCGGAAGGAUUCGUAAAACCACGCGAUUUGAAAUUGUCCACUGCGAUGGCAACAUCUGCAGCUGUGCUGUCUUAUGAACUUGGAGGUAUACAAGGCUCAAACAAACCCUUUCGUCAAAUGAGAAUCUUGCUUGGAUUGAGUCUUGGUACAAGUAUUGUUACACAACCAGAACUGACAAUGGAUUGGUGUUCGAAGAUUUUCCCUCUUAUUGUUCAGUUGUUUCUUGGGAUUUCAACGACAUUCAUUCCUAUCCUUCGUUAUUUCGAGAAUGACCUCGAGACUGGAAUGGUAUGGGAAACUAUAGGAACGAUGAUAUUUGCUUGUCUUGUACUUGUCUUYAUWCUUAUUGCUGUUAUACCAACUGGUUCACAACAUCCUGGUUUGAUUGAAAGAUUUGCUAGGUGGUGUAUUAUCAACAUUUAUCAUGUUCGGCUGAUACGGCAACURAUAGGAGUGACAAAUACAGGACCUACCCCUCCCCCGGUCAUGUCCUUGAGUGACGGUGGCCACGUUGAAAACCUUGGUCUGCUUGCUUUGCUGAAGCAUCGGUUGCCGCGCAUUGUCGUAGUAAACGGAGGAGCUGUGGAAAAUYGUGAUAAUUAUGCAUCAGACCUCCUGAGAACAUUGGAUCAAGCUCGCCAGAAACUGCAGUGCUCUUUUACAGGGGUCAGCGGUCGGGACAUUUUAGAAGACGUUCGAGCAGAGUUCGUAGAAAAGCCACCCGGAAAUAAACCGAGGAGUUAUCGAUUUAAAGUUACGUACUACGAACAAUGUGGACCAAACAUCGGGAAGGCAGUUGGCGAAGGAGAGGUUUUGAUGUUAAUGCCAAGACACCCAGACGAUGGAAUGAAUCAAUUCCAAGAUUGCAAAUGGAGUGAUUUUGAUGGUGAUGUCAAACUAGACUUGGACGAGUCGGUCUGGGGACCAGGACCAGCGCUGCGCACUUCAGAAGUUGAUUUCUUGUCAGGAUGUUGCUGUGAGUGCUGUCACGUGAAGCUGCCAUUUGAUACUUUCAAUGGAUUUCCCUUCCAUUCGACUGCUAACCAAAUGUUUACUGCAACACAGUUCACUGCGUACCACAGAGAAGGCUAUCACGCAUGCCUUGAAGCUGAAGCCGCUGAAUUCUUGAUGAACGGUCCAAAAAAGUCAAACGUCGUGACUGCAGAACCACAACUUCCUGAAUUGCGCAACGUUUCAACUGUUGUUCUAGUUGAAAGUCUUAUUUCCAAAUUUUGAGUGUAUUUUUUAGCUUAUUUUAGCGGUGUCCUCAAAUGAUUUUGUUUCCUUAUAUUCUAAAAAWCAUAUGAUUGUUUUAAUGACAUCUGAAACAUUUUUUUCUAUGUAACGUUAUUGGGAUGAAUGUUUAGUUUUUCAUCUCAGAAUAGGAUCUUCUAGCUCCCCCUURCUUGCACAUCAAACACUAAGCAUUGAUCAGAAUCAAGGGCGUAGCGGUCAAUAGACUUCUGGAAGUUUUACGUCACUACUUGAUUUGCAAUGCAUUGUGUGAUCAGUUUCAAGAGAAAUCUGCCAUGUUUUGUCCCAAAAAUUCUAAUUUUUAGAUUUUGCUUUCCAUACAUUUGUAUUUUCAAAUCCUCAUCUAUGUUGAAAGUAAUUAAAGAAAGAAAAAAACAGCUAUGCGUCGUGCUUUUAGUGUAGAUAGUCGCAAGCAACUGCCACUUCAUCUCUCACCUUCCAACCGGUACCUGACGUGUUGCAAGAGGUCAUUCCAACACCAAAAAGUAUUACGGUGUCCACCACCAUGAAGAGCCUCCCAUUCAAUCGUGUUCGUUGACAAUGCAUUACUUUUCACACAGCUCAUUUUUGUUAGCGUCAACUCGCGCGCAACAAUUGCAGAUUUUAACAGGGUUUUAACAUUAACAAUGCAGACCUUUGAAUGAAGUCCAUCACUUAUGGUGCCUAGCUGGGGGCGAUGUUGAGGGAGAAUU